AAGGGAUUACUGAUAAGUUAAAUAGAGAAGGAAAGAGAGAAAAAGAGAAAGUAGAGAGAAGGAGUCCAGACGAGCUGGGAAACAGCAGUGAUGAACGCAGCUCGGAUUCAUGACAAACAGAAGCUGAAGUCUUUCUGGGAGCAGAGGAUCAUUCAGCACAGUGAGCAGAUGGACGAGGAGGAGGACCGCAGAAGGAGCAGCGCUCUGGCACGGCUGAGGGAGCAGUGGUUAGUCAGGUUGGAUCAGAGGAAUCAGCACCAGAAGAGUUUCUUUGAGGAGAGAAUCAGACGAGCUCAGAAAGCUCAGCAGAGCCUCAGGAAGCUUGAUUCUCCUUGAAUCCAGAAGGUUAAAACUCCACCACUAAUCAGCUUGCAGGUGAAGAGCAGCCAACUGGUGGCAGUUUUGCAGAGCUGUGCAAUUGCAAUAUCUAAGUUUGGAGUAUUACAUUUUUACAUAAAAACGAUAUUUUGAAACUGAAGGAGAGAAACAAAAAUGAUGACUUUAUUCACAAUUAAAUAAAUCCACAAAAAAAUCAAACAAAUAGUUAAGGCUUUUGUGAUGACUAGCAAGUAUAGUCAUAUAUUGGUUGUUGAAAAACAACAAGUAGGUAGAAUGAAUCCCUUCUGUGGUGACAUUUGUUCCUGCCUGGUGCCAUUGUUUUGUCAUUAUUGCACUGUGUAAUGGGGUUUUUCCACGGGCCCAGGUUGAACAGCUUUAGCUGCGCUGUAUCAAGCCAUGCCGUAAAAACAAGUUUCCACUACUUCCUCACAGCAGGGCGUAGCUGCACUAAGAUGCACUGCUGUGGUCAAAGUAGGGUUGCAACCAUACUGUAGUUGUGCCAGUGUGGCUCACCUGCUCAUGACUCUUCGGGCAUGCCUCGGCUUGACUACCCCCAUAAUAGAAAAAAACUAUAUGUUGUUGUAACAUGUAAUUGAAAUAAAAGGAAAUAAAAUCUACAUCUUCA